AUGCCUCUCGACAUCGAGGAAAUCCUCCGCCAGAAAAAGGCAGCCGAAGCCGCCGCAGCUAAGCCUCGCUUCAUACCGAAAGCGCAGCGUGAGCGCCUCGCUGCCGAAGCAACCAAGCAGGAGGAGGAGUUGAAGCGGAAGAAGGCCGACGGCGACGCACACAAACGAGCCGAAGAGGAGAAGAAGUGGGAAGCGCGCGCGGGCGCUACACAGUCUAGGGCUUCGACGAAUGGCGGUGCGAGAAACAGCGUGCCCACGGGGCCACGGUCUAUGAACGGUGCUGGCUCAUCAGCCCCUCGAGAUCGGGAUGACAGAGACCGACGCGACGGCCGGGGAGGCGGAAAGGGUGGAAAAGAAGGCGGCAAAAAGGGCAACAAGGCGAACGCGGAGAAGCGCUCCGCCGAAGAAAUUGAGGCCGAGCUGCUUCGAUCACGAUAUCUGGGCCCCGAAGUGAAUCAGCACUCUCACUUCUCCGCCCAGAAGAAGCGAAUGCGGACGACUGAGAAGAAGUUCAACUUUGACUGGGACGCCGGCGAGGACACGUCGCGCGCCGACGAAGGGGGCUUCAGCGGCGGUGCCGGCGUCCGCGGCUUUUCUCUGGCCGGCGUCGGUGGCGAGUUUGACAAGGAGGCGGAAGAAAGGGCCAAGAAGCGCGCUCGUCUGAUUGAGCAGCGCGAUCCGGAACAUGGCCGAGAGCGCGCCAAAGGAAUCAUGGAGGACUUUUACAGGGCCCGUGACAAAGCGCGGGAUCGCGCCGAGAAGACGGGACUCGGCCGCCGGUGGAACGAGAAGCGCCUCGACGAGAUGCGCGAGCGUGACUGGCGCAUCUUCAAAGAGGACUUUGGCAUCUCGACAAAGGGCGGCACGUUGCCGAAUCCGAUGCGCAACUGGAAGGAGUCGGGCUUGCCGUCGCGCCUGCUCAACAUCAUUGAGCAGGUUGGCUACGACGAGCCGACGCCCAUUCAGCGCGCCGCCAUCCCGAUUGCUUUGCAAGCGCGUGAUCUAAUUGGUGUCGCCGUGACGGGUUCCGGUAAAACGGCCGCAUUUCUACUCCCGCUGCUCGUCUACAUUUCGGAUCUGCCGCCACUGGGAGAAACCAACAAGAACGACGGGCCGUACGCGCUCAUCCUCGCGCCGACGCGCGAACUGGUGCAGCAGAUUGAAACGGAAGCCAAAAAGUUUGGCGAUCCGCUCGGGUUCCGGAGCGUGAGCAUCGUUGGCGGCCACUCUCUGGAGGAGCAGGCGUACGCGCUGCGCAAUGGCGCGGAGAUUAUCGUCGCGACGCCAGGCCGUCUCAUCGACUGCAUCGAGCGCCGCCUGCUUGUGCUCUCGCAGUGCUGCUACGUCAUCAUGGACGAGGCCGACCGCAUGAUUGACAUGGGUUUCGAGGAGCCCGUCAACAAGAUCCUCGACGCGCUGCCCGUGUCCAACGAGAAGCCUGACACGGAAGAAGCCGAGGACGGGCGCCUCAUGCAGCGCUACGUCGGCGAAAAGGACCGCUACCGCCAGACCAUGAUGUUCACGGCCACGAUGCCGCCGCUCGUCGAAAAUAUUGCCAAGAAGUACCUGCGCCGGCCGGCCAUGGCCAUGAUUGGCAACGUGGGCGAGGCCGUCGAGACCGUCGAGCAGCAGGUCGAGUUUGUCGCGGGCGAGGACGCCCGCAAGAAGCGUCUGCAGCGCAUUCUCGCGUCCAACAUGUUUGCGCCGCCCAUCAUCGUCUUUGUCAACAUCAAGCGCAACUGCGAUGCCGUUGCCAAGGAUGUCCGCUCCAUGGGCUGGAGCGCCGUGCCGCUGCACGGUUCCAAAACCCAGGAGCAGCGUGAGGCGGCCCUCGCGUCCGUCCGCAGCGGCGAGACGCAGGUGCUCGUCGCGACGGACCUCGCGGGUCGCGGCAUCGACGUCCCCGACGUUUCGCUCGUCGUCAACUUCAACAUGGCGACGAGCAUCGAGAGUUAUACGCAUAGAAUCGGUCGUACGGGUCGCGCGGGCAAGAGCGGUACCGCGAUUACGUUUCUCGGCAACGAGGACGCCGACGUCUUGUACGACCUGCGGCAGAUGCUCAGCAAGAGCUCCAUUUCAAAGGUGCCAGAGGAGCUCAAGAAGCACGAGGCCGCGCAGACGCGGCCCGUCAAGGGCGCGGGGCGAAGAGCCGCAGAGAAUGAGAAUGAGGGCGGUCGGGGAGGCAGAGGAGGACGAUAA